AUGGAAUUGAAGCCGCUCAAUCCUGGCAUCACAGAGCCGUACGGUCAAGCAGCGGACCCUCAGGCGUCUUCGCCGAGCAAGAGCGUGACGGGCGCCUUGAGCGAAUCUCGAGCGAUGAGCCUUCACGACAAGUUCUCGGGAUCGGCCGCAGCCAAUGAGCUGAGCAGCGAGAGGACCUGCAUGGAGCCGUGGGCAAAGAAAGAAAGACUGCAGAGCCUGCAGGGCAUCAACCACGGAGAGUAUUCCCUCGAUCCAGCUGCUCCCCACCUGGUCGAGCGCGACGACGGACAGCAUCUUCCCCUGCACCCUCACGAUCCGCAUGCGGGUGACAGAGCUCGCUUGGCCCCCGCGGCUGUUCCUGCAACGAACCACGACAUGUCGUCGUCGAGGAAGGGAGUGCUGCGAUGGCUGAGAUGCUUGGGAGGAGGAAACGACUCGGGUCACAAGGAGACAGAAGCCAGGCUUCAGCAGGAAGAAACGUUGGCCUUGCGGCUCAAGGUGCAAGACCUGGAGCAGAGGCUCCAACAGGCGGAGGACAAGUUUACAGCUGCUCAGAACGAGGAGAAGUCGCUCGAGCGGAUGUCAAGUCUGCGAAAAGAGAUUCUCGAGCAAGUGGAACUCAAACUUCGAUCCGAGAUGUUGCAGAGAGAGCAACUUGAGAAGCUGGAGGACGAGCAUCGAGCGUUGACGGAACAAGUGGUGAAGCUUCAAGACCAGCUCCAGUUGACGGAGGAAAUCCAGUCCGAUCUCACGCAGGAGAAGAGCAAGGUGCAGGCGCUGCAGUCGCAACUUGCAUCAGCCAAGCAGGAGAUCCGAGAGCUGAAGAAAUCGCAAAAGGACAGGAAGGACAUGGAGGAGGAGGCGCAGGGAAGCAAGUACGAGUCGCUGCCCUCCCUCUCCAAGGGCCGCUGGCUCCCCGGCACUCCCCGCGUCAUGCAGAUCGAGGUCUGUGAACACUGCGGCAACCGAGUUGAGCAGCGAGGAGAACAUCAUGCCGUCCAUUGUCCUCUGCAUCCUGUCGAGCCCCCUGAUGCUGCCACCACGGACAACGCUCAGCCACAGGAGCAGAACAAGCAGCCCAGCGAGCAAGAUAGCGAGCAAGACGCUGCGACUGUGGAGGAGGCGAUCCCGGACUUCCAGAUCGAUGACGAAGAGAUUUCCUUCAACGACGUGCUUGUCUGCGAGAUCCCAGAGCUCCAGGCGAUUUAUCGACAUUUUCGACAGCGCUGA